AUGCCGCCGCGGGGAGCGGCGCUACUCCUCCUCGUGCUCUGCGUGCAACUCGGAACAUCAAGCUCUACAACUACAAGUCUUGCAUCAUACUUAUUCGGAUUCUGGAGUAGAACCCAUCAGCAUCGCUUUCCUGCCCUAGCCCCUGGCCCAGCCCCUUCUCCUCAACCUCAAGGCCCCAUUGUUGCUCACCCAGUGCAUAGGCAUCACAGAAGAAGGCAUCAUGCUUCCCCACCACCUUCAUCUUUUCCGCCAGAAAGACAAGAUUGCAGCAGAACAACUUGUUCUGCUCCACUUACGUCCACUCCAAUUGGUUCACCCUGUGGUUGUGUAUAUCCUAUGCAAAUUCAGCUUGAUCUUGGCGUGUCACCGUAUCAAUUAUUUCCCAGAAUCGAUGAGUUAGAAAUUGAGGUUGCAGCAGGUACAUUCCUGAAACAGAGUCAAGUUCGGAUAAUGGGUGCUGGGAGUAGUCUUCAAGAUCCUGAAAAAACAACAGUAACCAUCGAUUUGGUGCCAUUAGGCCAGAAAUUUGAUAGGACUUCAGCCUUACUGAUUAGCAACAGAUUUUUGCAAAAGAAGGUUCCAAUAAACUCAUCCGUUUUUGGUGACUAUGUUGCUACAUAUGUUCAUUAUCCAGGCCUUCCUUCUUUAGUACCUAUUCCUGGAUCCUUGGGUCCAGUAAGCAGUAACGAGGACCCUUCUAGUGCAAAUAUACACAAUAGAAGCCAUCACAAGAUUAACUCUAAAAUGGUUGCCAUAAUUGCUCUGUCAGCUGUGGUUUUUGUUUUGACGUGCUUGGCCAUUGGCAUCGUUUGGAGAUUCAAUGGACUAAAACAUUCUCAUGCUACGGGCCCUAUUUCAAGUUCUUCCAUCACUAGAAAAGGAGCUAUGAGGUCAUCGUUCUCUGGUACAAGCAACUCGGCAGCAUCAUUUGCUUCAACAAUAGGAACCUGCACAUCCACCGUAAAGACAUUUACAAUAACUGAGCUUGAGAAGGCCACAGAAAACUUCAGCUUCAGCAAAAUAAUAGGUGAAGGGGGUUAUGGAUGUGUUUAUCGCGGUGUAAUUGAAGAUGGUGUUGAGGUUGCUGUCAAAUUGCUCACAAGGAAACAUCACAACAGAGAUCGCGAUUUCAUUGCAGAGGUUGAGAUGCUAAGUCGUUUACAUCACCGCAAUCUUGUCAAGCUGAUUGGUAUAUGCAUUGAACGGAGCACGAGGUGCUUGGUAUUUGAGCUUGUUCCAAACGGAAGUGUUGAAUCUCAUCUACAUGGUCCAGAUAAAAUAUAUGGCCCGAUUGAUUUUGACACUAGAAUGAAAAUAGCCCUCGGCGCAGCAAGGGGACUAGCCUAUCUGCAUGAGGACGCCAACCCCCAUGUCAUUCACCGGGAUUUCAAGGCUAGCAAUGUUCUAUUGGAAAACGAUUUCACCCCCAAGGUUGCUGAUUUUGGGCUGGCAAAGGAAGCAUCAGACGGGGUGGAUCAUAUUUCUACUCAGGUCAUGGGGACUUUCGGGUACGUUGCCCCAGAGUAUGCGAUGACAGGGCAUCUGCUUGUCAAGAGCGACGUCUACAGCUACGGUGUGGUGCUCCUCGAGCUGCUGUCAGGCCGAAAACCCGUGGACAUGACCCAGCCACCGGGGUCCGAGAACCUGGUCACCUGGGCGCGCCCGCUCCUCACCACCCGGGAAGGACUGCAGCGGCUGGUGGACCCAUCGCUCCCGGCCGGUUACGACUUCGAGAAGCUGGCCAAGGCGGCGGCCAUCGCGUCCAUGUGCGUGCACGCCGAGGCGUCGCACCGGCCGUUCAUGGGCGAGGUCGUGCAGGCGCUGAAGCUGAUCCACAGCGGCGGGGGCGGCGACGAGACCUGCAGCGGCUCCUUCGGGGGCGGCGCGACGGAGGAGUCCCCGUGGAACGACGUCAGCAGGAGCUCGUGGAACGACGACCCGCCGGCCACUCCCGGGCCCGGCGCUCCCCCUGGGCUACGGCUCGGACCCUGCCGGCGCCGACGAGCGGAGGCCACGGUCGGCGUCGAACGCGGUGUUGGACAAGAUCGAGUCGCUGGCGAUGCAGAUGUGGGCUGGCGCGAAACUGAUGCGGCUGACUGUCAGACAGUGUUCCUGUCCGAUGUGUUUCUCCGUGAAGUAUACGAUGGACAGCUAGUCGUCAGGUUGAAGAAAGGCAUAAACCUUCCUGCAAUGGAUCCAUGGGGUACAAGUGAUCCUUAUGUUGCAGCUUGGGAUGCAAACCUUGUUACCCCACACAAACGCAUGGGAAAUGCUGGAUUAUACCUUGAAUCACUUUGUGAUGGUAACAAUAAUGGUGUUACUGUUGAAUUAGAAGGCCUUGGUGGUGGUGGAACUAUUGAGAUAGAGGUCAAAUACGAGAGCUAUGAUGACAUCGAGCGAGAAAAACAAUGGUGGAGAAUACCUUUUGUGUCCGACUUUUUUGUGAAGAGCAUCCUGGGAUCUGCUCUUAGAAUGACCUACCUUCCAAAGCCAUCAUCAUUGGAAAGUGGAGCUGAGGUUUCUAAAAAUGAUGAAGAAUCCUCAGAUGGCCCAACUAAUUCAAAUGAGCUUCAACAGCAGAAUAUUGAUUCUGAAGACAUUUCAGAUUCUCAUUCUCAUAGUGAAGCUCGAUCUCCUUCUGCAACUGUUAACAGUGAAGGAGAUGCAUCAUCCGAUAUGAAGGAAUCGGAUGAAUACUUUUGGAGAGCUCUGAACAAUGUACUCAACCAAAAUGUACUACAGAACUUUGGAUUUUCUCUUCCAGAGGUCAAGCAAUUGGAUGGAUUUGACCUAUUAAGUUCACUUGGUCUGAAAUCACGCGAAAUUGCUGAACAGGAAUAUUUAGAAUCUGGACUUGCAAUGGCAGAUACUUCAACAAGUGAUGGCAGUGAAACAACUCCUGAAAACACAGUUGGUGUUGAGAACGAAAAUGGAACAUUGACAACCAAAGAGGAGAAAGCAGAGGAUAUGCGGAGCCUGUUUGCAAGUGCAGAGACUGCCAUGGAGGCAUGGACUAUGCUUGCCACUUCACUGGGACGUAACAGUUUCAUCAAAUCGGACUUUGAAAAGAUAUGUUUUCUUGACAAUGUUUCAACAGACACACAAGUUGCCAUAUGGCGUGAUUCUUCUCGAAGAAGGUUGGUUGUUGCCUUUCGAGGAACUGAACAAUCACGGUGGAAGGAUUUGCGAACUGACUUAAUGCUUGUACCUGCUGGACUAAACCCUGAGAGGCUGGGUGGUGACUUCAAACAAGAAGUUCGAGUUCACAGUGGAUUCUUAGGUGCAUAUGACUCUGUUAGGAACAGGAUCAUGACUCUCAUCAAAUAUGCCGUUGGAUUCCAGGAUGAAGAAGAUGCAGAAACCAUACCUAGUUGGCAUGUUUAUGUGACUGGACACAGUUUAGGUGGAGCACUAGCAACCCUUCUUGCUCUUGAACUUUCAUCAAGUCAAAUGGCCAAUAAUGGUGUCAUAUUUGUGACAAUGUACAAUUUUGGCUCUCCUAGAGUGGGAAAUAGAAGAUUCGCUGAAGUAUACAAUUGUUAUGUAAAGGACAGCUGGAGAAUUGUCAACCACCGAGAUAUCAUUCCAACAGUACCACGUCUUAUGGGCUAUUGCCAUGUGGAAGCACCAGUUUAUCUUAAAUUUGGAGAUGCAAAAGAUGCACCGGUAAAUAACAACAUUCUAGAUGAUGAAGACCAAGGUGACGCGAUAGGGGAGUACACACCUGAUGUUCUUGUUACUGAAUUUAUGAAAGGCGAGAAGCAACUUGUGGAAAAACUACUGCAAACAGAAAUAAAUCUACUCCGCUCAAUCAGGGAUGGUUCGGCUCUUAUGCAGCACAUGGAAGACUUCUACUAUGUCACCCUUCUUGAGAAUGUGAGAUCAAGGUAUCAAGUGGUAGAUGGUGCCAAUGAUGAAUACCGCCAAUUGACAGCGUGA